AUUAAAAACAAAGAAGAAGACAGAGGCGGAAAAUGACGGUGUGACGUUUGAGCAGGAGUAUCCCCCCGAAAGUCUACGAGUCCCCAUGGAUGACCUGACCCAAGCCCUCUCGGCCAGCUUUGCUGUGUCCAAAGAUCCCAACAGCACCGCAGCACCCCACCCUCGGCUGGCGCAGUACAAGAGCAAGUACAGUGUACUGGAGCAGAGUGAGCGACGCCGACGCUUCCUUGAUCUGCAGAAAAGCAAAAGGUUAAACUAUGUCAAUCAUGCACGGCGUCUGGCUGAUGGGGACUGGACAGGAGCAGACAGUGAUGGGGAGGACGACAUGGAAAAACAGGAGGAGGGGGAACAGAACCAGGACGGCAACAAGGUGGCAGAGGAAGAGGAGGAGGGCAUGGAGAUUGAGAGGAGGAAGCUGCCAAAACAUUAUGCCAACCAGCUCAUGCUGUCAGAGUGGUUGGUAGACGUGCCAUCAGAGCUGGACACAGAUUGGCUGAUGGUGGUGUGUCCUGUGGGGAAGAGGUCUCUAAUAGUUGCUUCUAAGGGUUCCACUGCAGCGUACACUAAAAGUGGCUACUGUGUGAACCGUUUCCCCUCGCUGCUGCCCGGUGGGAACAGACACAACUCGGCCAUGGGAAAAGACUACACAAUCCUCGACUGCAUUUAUAGUGAAGUGGACAGAACGUACUACAUCCUGGACGUCAUGUGCUGGAGAGGCCACCCGGUCUACGACUGCCCGACAGAGUUUCGAUUCUACUGGCUUCAGUCCAAAGUUCAGGAAACGGAUGGCCUAACAGAGAUUGCCAAACGCAACCCUUUCCGGUUUGUAAGCCUCCAAAGCACAGACUGCACAGCCGAAUCGAUUCAGAGAGCCCUUGCAGCCGAGUACAGCUUCAGCGUGGAUGGUCUUCUCUUCUACCACCGACAGACCCACUACACCCCCGGCAGCACCCCUCUGGUCGGCUGGCUUCGCCCCUACAUGGUCUCCGACAUCCUGGGCAUCGAAGUCCCCGUCGGACCCCUCACCAACAAGCCCGAGUACGCGAGCCACCAGCUGCAGCAGAUCCUGGAACACAAGAAGACGUCGAGCGAGGUCCGACCGGCUAACAGAAGCGGAGGCUACGAGUUAGAGCACCUGUCCACGCCGAGCCAGGACAGCGGGGACGGGGUCAACUUUUUAAACCAAAAACCCAUAAGAGAAGCCCACAUGGAGGUCUGAGUGGGACGCUUAACAAGAUGCUAAUUGCUUACUCAGUGUUUCUGCGCGGUGGCGUUCCACAUAUGGCUCUUUAGAAUGUCACUGAAUGGUUUGUGCAGAUCUGACCAAUUACAAAGCAUGGCUAAUUCUAAUCUGGCAGAGCUCAGGACACCCUCAGAGUGCAGAUUAGUAGAGCAAUGCAGUAUAGGUGUUUUCAACAGCUAAAAAGAAGUCUGUUUAAAUGCUCACUCCUACCAUAGGCCGACCAUAGGAACAAAUUAGUGACCCUGGGAGUUAUUACAGUAUAUAGUUAUUGUUUUUACCAUAUCUAUGUCACAGCCUCCCAUGCAUCUCCACUUCAUAUGUAUGUAAAAGAUGACAGAGCUUAGAAGUAGAGCAAAGUGCAGCACAGUAAGAAUGUGGUCAAGUACUUUUUUCUUUUUUUUUUGCUGUUCUGCACUAUUUGCACAAGAAGACAUUUUUCAUCCUCAUAUGCAGGUUUUUUACUAACUCAUCAUCGAUGCCUUCUCAUCUACAGCUAUUCAUCAGCGCUUUAUUGGGAUUUCACACUGAAGUAAUCGGGUCAUGAUGCAGUUAACAAAAGCACUGAGAUGAACUUUUACAGAGGGGUUUUUUUAACGUGUUUGCGACUGAAUAAAUGUUUUUUAUCAGCCUAA